UUCUUGGGUUUCGUCCCUGGCGGUGGGAGACGGCACUGCAGGCAGAGAAAGUGAGGAAGGCUGUGGAAAUCACUGCCCGGCCACAGACAGCAUUCACACAUUCGCCACGCACGAAGAACUCGUAUGGCCAGGGCGACUUCAGCCUCCGUGGAUCGCGGCAGCGCCGUUUGGAUGGUUUCAGAGAGUUUAUGACGGUGUUGUUAGAGAGCUAGCCUCAGUUUCACUCGUGUUUGUCACGGAGGAGAGGAGGUGAAAACUACCCGCCGCCAUCUUUUGGAAGUGACUGGGAGUGGGGAGUUAGCUUUUAAAGCUAUAACAUUCAUUGGCCAGGCUUUGGGCCUCAGCUGCUCGUCAUAUUUGCUUAUGAAUCACCAACCUGCAGACAUAACCAACACUAACGGUUCCGGAUAAUCUAAAUCAAACGACUCGGCAAUGCCACAGGGACUGUCGCGGUCCUGAAGGAAUAAACACGUCCAGAUUUGAGUCCAAAUCUGUGCUCCACUCUCUCAGCGCCCAGCUGCUUUCACCCUGUCCCUCCCCCAGCACAGCUGUGUGGGCUAGUUAGCCAGAUAGCCAAGUUAGCAGCCUAGCUAAGAUUUCUUCUGUCCGGAGUCCUGCUCUUCUCAAAAAAACUGGCCGUUUGGACAGGUCCCUAUGCGUACACUGCCUCCCUCUGGCAGAUGAGUCAUCAGCGGGGGCUUGCGCGUCGCAGUCGCACGGCCAGAUAGUCCCCUGCGAGCGCGGCUGCCUCCCGGGCUCGCAGCAUGCCCUCCACCAACCGGGCAGGGAGCCUAAAGGACCCCGAAAUUGCAGAGCUCUUCUUUAAAGAGGACCCUGAGAAGCUCUUCUCUGACCUGCGUGAGAUCGGACAUGGCAGCUUUGGAGCUGUGUAUUUCGCACGUGAUGUGCGAACUGCAGAGGUGGUGGCCAUUAAGAAGAUGUCCUACAGUGGAAAACAGUCCAAUGAGAAAUGGCAAGAUAUAAUUAAAGAAGUAAAAUUCCUUCAGAGAAUACAGCACCCAAACAGCAUAGAAUAUAAAGGAUGCUAUCUACGGGAACACACAGCAUGGCUCGUGAUGGAAUACUGUUUGGGUUCAGCCUCCGACCUCCUUGAAGUUCACAAAAAGCCCCUUCAGGAAAUGGAGAUUGCAGCUAUCACCCAUGGUGCUUUGCAGGGGCUUGCCUACCUUCAUUCUCAUAACAUGAUUCACAGGGAUAUCAAAGCUGGGAACAUCCUGCUGACCGAGCCUGGACAGGUCAAACUGGCAGACUUUGGCUCUGCCUCCAUCGCCUCUCCAGCCAAUUCCUUUGUGGGCACGCCAUAUUGGAUGGCCCCAGAGGUGAUUCUGGCCAUGGAUGAGGGACAAUAUGAUGGAAAAGUGGAUGUCUGGUCCCUUGGGAUCACUUGUAUAGAACUAGCUGAGAGGAAGCCCCCACUGUUCAAUAUGAAUGCGAUGAGUGCCUUAUACCAUAUAGCGCAGAAUGAGAGUCCAACUCUGCAGUCUAGUGAAUGGACGGAUUACUUUAGAAACUUUGUUGACUCUUGCCUUCAGAAAAUCCCACAGGACAGACCGCACUCAGAAGACCUGCUGCAGCAUGCCUUUGUUCAACGUGAGAGGCCAGAGACUGUCCUGAUUGACCUGAUCAUGCGGACCAAGGAUGCCGUCCGAGAGCUGGACAACCUACAGUAUCGCAAGAUGAAGAAGAUUCUUUUUCAGGAGGCCCACAAUGGGCCUGCCGUCGAGCCCCAGGAGGGAGAUGAGGAGCCGGAGCAUGGUCCUGGGCGUACAGGCACAGUGAACAGUGUGGGCAGUAACCAGUCCAUCCCCAGCAUGUCCAUCAGUGCCAGUUCUCAGAGCAGCUCAGUCAACAGCCUGCCUGAUGCUGCAGACGACAAGAGUGAGCUGGAUCUGUUGGAGGGAGACCACACAGUCAUGUCUAACAGCUCCGUCAUACACCUCAAACCUGAGGAAGAAGAAGUUUACCGUGAUGACUCAGAGGCAUGCAGUCGUCCCUCGGAGGCUUCAGCAGCUCCAGCGCAACCACCCCAGCGCAAACAUCACCGCAACCGUGAGCACUUUGCAACCAUCCGCACAGCGUCAUUGGUAACAAGGCAGAUGCAAGAGCACGAGCAAGACUCUGAGCUGAGGGAGCAGAUGUCCGGCUAUAAGCGAAUGAGACGGCAGCACCAGAAGCACCUGAUGGCCUUGGAGAACAAACUGAAGGCUGAGAUGGACGAGCACCGGCUGAGGCUGGACAAAGAGCUGGAAACCCAGAGGAAUAGUUUUGCUGCCGAGUUGGAGAAACUGGUCAAGAAGCACCAAGCAGCAAUGGAGAAAGAUGCCAAGUCAUUUGCCAAUGAUGAGAAGAAGUUCCAGCAGCACAUCCAGGUUCAGCAGAAGAAAGAGUUGAGCAGCUUCCUUGAAUCCCAGAAACGAGAGUACAAGCUACGCAAGGAGCAACUGAAAGAGGAGCUGAAUGAGAACCAGUCCACACCUAAGAAGGAGAAGCAGGAGUGGCUAUCAAAGCAGAAGGAGAACUUCCAGCACUUCCAAGCUGAGGAGGAGGCCAACCUACUCCGUAGACAGCGGCAAUAUCUGGAGCUGGAGUGCCGGCGCUUCAAACGCCGCAUCCUCAUCGCCAGACACAACGUGGAGCAGGACCUCGUUCGAGAAGAACUGAAUAAGCGUCAGACACAGAAGGACCUGGAGCAUGCCAUGCUGCUGCGGCACCACGAGUCCAUGCAGGAGCUGGAGGUGAGGCAACUGGGCACCAUCCAUAAGAUGAGGACUGAGCUCAUCCGCCUGCAGCACCAGACUGAGCUCACCAACCAGCUGGAGUACAACAAACGCAGGGAGAGAGAACUGCGCCGCAAGCAUGUGAUGGAGGUCCGCCAGCAGCCUAAGAGCCUGAAGUCCAAGGAGCUGCAGAUCAAAAAACAGUUUCAGGACACAUGUAAAAUCCAGACACGGCAGUACAAGGCCCUGCGGAACCACCUACUGGAGACCACACCCAAGUCAGACCACAAGGCUGUGUUAAAGAGACUCAAAGAGGAGCAGACACGCAAACUGGCCAUCCUUGCUGAGCAGUAUGACCAUUCUAUCAAUGACAUGCUCUCCACACAGGCUUUGCGGUUGGAUGAGGCCCAGGAGGCUGAGUGCCAGGUGCUGAAGAUGCAGCUGCAGCAGGAGCUGGAGCUGCUGAACGCGUAUCAGAGCAAGAUCAAGAUGCAGACAGAUGCUCAGCAUGACCGCGAGAGGAAAGAGCUGGAGCAGAGAGUCUCACUGCGCAGAGCCCUCCUAGAACAGAAGAUAGAGGAGGAGAUGCUGGCCCUGCAGAACGAGCGUUCAGAGAGGAUUCGCAGCCUGCUGGAGCGCCAGGCCCGUGAGAUUGAAGCGUUUGACUCGGAGAGUAUGCGUCUGGGCUUUAGCAACAUGGUGCUCUCCAACCUGGCCUCUUCUGAUGGCCACAGCCACAGCUUCCCAGGGGCCCCUGGGGGGUGGGGCUCUCAUCACGGGGCCAGCUCCCAGGGGCCGCACUGGGGAAGCGGUGGUUCUGGGGUAGGGGGGCAUCAUGGCAGCCAGCACGGCCACCACCACCAUCACCACCCUAGUCAGAGCGGCUCCAUCCAGCAGCCCUGGGGCCAUGGCUUGCCUUCUGGCGGGCCCCCUCCCUGGGGUCACCACAGCUCUGGGGGUAGCCAGCGUUCAAGUGGUAGUGGUGGGGGUGCAAGAAACAGCCCCCAGGCAGUGCGCCGGACCUCAUCGGGAGGCCGUAGUGACCAGGGGAUGAGCAGGAGCGCCAGCAUCGCCUCUCAGAUCUCCAACGGCUCACACCUGUCCUACACGUAAGACCGCCCACGCUCUGCCCACUACAUCCCGCCUCACACUGUUCCACAAUGCCACAGGAGAAGGGGACAGGGGUGCAUCAUAGUGGAGGGUGCAAGAAGGGAAUCUGAGCCCUGAGUGUCAUCUACUCUCUUUCUCUUCCUAUUCAAUGUUUUGUUAUUUCCCUAAUUUUCAAAAUACCCAUCUGAAUUUUUUGCACCUUAUAUGUAAGGACAUAUGGUUUUAAGGUCCCGGUUAUGAAUGAGAAAAGAUCCACAGAAUGUUUUUUGCACUUUGUGAAGCACAGCAAAGCUUCAAAAGUCAUUUUAGUGGUGCAUUAAAACUGAGUGGAACAGAAUGGAAGUAUGUGAAUGUGUUGGGUGCCGUUGCCUCAGUAUGUUGAGCAUUUAUUUUAUGCUGUUUGGGCUUACUGCAGUACAUUUCCUGACAGGAAGGGUUUUUGUAUGUAAAUCUGUCAUGGGUUUUAUCAUGAUCUUGUUUGCAGGUUAAUGCUUGAGUUCACCAUAAGAGAAUUGUACAGUCUGUGUGUGUUGUCAUAAAAAACUUUGCAGUACAUAUGGUGGUGUUCAGAUAGAACUGUUUUUAAUAUUGGCAUACUUUUAGUAGAAGAGGCACAGGAGCCACAGGAUGUGGACAGAGAUAGGAAUCAUUUAUGACUUGUAAAGCCAGUCAUUUUUUUUGGAAAUCAGUCUGUUUCCAUUAUGGCACAUAAUUAAAACAGCUUUAGAAUGCACUUGAUUUUAUUCUUUUUUCAUUAAUGCUGUGCCAUGAGUGAAAUUAUUAACAACUUUGGUUUGUUUUAAAACACUAAGCACUAAUAUUCUGAAACAUUGUUAAAUAGGUUAUUAGAUGUUCGUGUUUUGUUUUGUCAUCUGGACUUUUUUUUACUGUUUACAAUGCUGUGAGAAUCCCAGAAAAAUUUGGCAGUGAUAUUCUUGUUUCUAUGUAUUUUGCCAGAUUUGGUAGUCUUGAGCUGUUGUUACCAAAGUUCCUACACAGUGCUGAUUUUUAAUUAUAAGGCCAGGAUUGAUCAAAAUUGUCAAGGGACUGUUUCUUUUAACAGUUUAUCUUUCCAUGUUGUCUCUGUAUCAGGUUGCUUAUGGGUCCAGGUAGCCAAAAAAGGAAUUGUAAGUGUGAACGCAGAACAAGAGAUGGGUUUUUCAGUUUGCUUUGGGAAGUCUGAAUGUAAUUAUACUGACAUUGGAGAUGGAUAAACCUGGUAUAAGUAAAGUUAAAUGGGUACAGAAAGGAAGAAGUCAGGAGGAUGGAAGGAUGGACCCAUGUGUUUAAACGUCAGUGUUUAGCGAGGUGUGUAAGGGAAUUUGAGAAGUAGGGUUUUGUCUUUGACUGCACAAAUGGAAUGUCAGGAAAACAUUGUGACCUGUGUAAAUAUGUAUGUAUGAAUGGAUGUGUGGGUGACAUGAAAUACUUCCCUCUGUGAUAAAGAGAGGGUUAUGGAAAAACUGAUAUCAGUCAAAUAUCAGAUUUAUAUUUAGAAUGCCAAAGUUAACACUCAUCCCAGCUAUGCACAAGGAAACUUUUAUUAUGUGCAGUGAAACAGACCAAAAGGCCAUUAUCUCAGUCAUUUUGUCCGCUGUUCGUUUACCCCUUUAUCUCUUCGACCUCUGAUGCUCCCCCUUGCCCCUUCCCCAGGCUUGGCAUCAGGGCAGAAUGUGUGGGUUUGGGGGUGGGAAGGUAAGUUUUGGGCAGGCUUGUGACCGCUGAAUGUUCUUGCUGGGGUGAGUGGGUGCCGCUGCUGUCGCCCCUGCAAUGCCUUUGUCACUUUCAUGCCCAUCCCAGAGUUUCGGCAUCUACCGCCCAACAGCCUCCCUCAACCGAGCAUUUAUAAUGAUGUGUACAAAAGUGAUAAAAGAAGAAAAAAUUAAAGGUCAGAAAAGCCUAUAUAACAGUGUGAUAUGUUAAAGAGAUAUAGUGAGAAGACAGCUUUAAGUGGGAUGUAUAGGAAACAUUUGUGUAUAUUGUACAUUUAGAAAAUUUAAAAAAAAAGGAAUUAUAAAAUUAUGAAAGAUAAACCCAACUAGUUAAAGAAAAAAUAACUGCUUGAAUGUGAAGACAAAAAGAAAAAAAAACAGCUUGAUUUCUAAUUUUAUUUAAAGAAAAAAUAUCAGGCAAAGUCUCACAGGGAUUAAGCACAGCUAAAAACACCUUUGAUUCACUUCACACCUCCCCAUCCUAAUUAGAAUUUUCCCUCCACUGACAGUGUUGCUAUUCACUGCAUGUCUAUCUGGAUCCUGUCCCUCCUAUUUUCUUUUGUUCUCUCAUAGUCAGUGGCCACAGAGAGAUCUGUGAAGUUUACUUUUAUCACAUUUCUUAAGGGGUUUUUAUCUCAUUCAGAAUGAGAUGAAGCCAUAACUGCCAUCAAGGUUGUCAAAUAAUUUUGACUUUUUUGAUCUCUGCUGAGAAUGAAGUGUCCCAAGCUCUAAAUGCUUAAGUGUCUAUGCUGUCAUCUAUAAACUAGCUUGGUACAUGUUAUUUGAUGUGUGCAUGGCAUCACUGAUUACACAGAGAUGCCAUUAAGAUCAACCUCUAACUAGCCUAUAUCGCAAGCCAACUGAGCCAUUAUUCUUUCAGGCUUCAAAGGACCUGGGCCAAAAAAAGAAACUAAACUAACCUUGGCGUUCAGAUGCAACAUGCCAAAAUCAUUUAGCCACCUCGGUGCUGUGUUUGUAUCAGCAGAGUGGCCAUAGACAUAAAAAUCUUACAAAUGUUACACAAGAGUUUCAUCUGUUUAUUACGCCAGGCCUUUUAAGAAAGGCCAGUCACCGUUCUAAGAAGGUCCAUCCUGCCUGAGUGCUGGAGCUGGACUUUGCAGUAUGUUUAUAACAAGAGAGGAGGUGUGCCCCCUUGUAGAAGUGCAAUCCAUACAGUGUCACAUUGGAGCCCUUAUUAUACCCAUGUUUUAAUGAACCUUUUCAAAAGUGUGAGAACAAGGGGAACGGGCAAUAACAAAGCAAGGGGAACUUCUCUGUACAGUGUGUUUACCAGUAUUCCUUCAAAUGCUUUAUUUUAAUGGUCAUUGUUUCCUUUUUUCCUGCUUCAACAUUACCAUAACAAUCCAUAUAUAACCUGUAUUAAAAUGUAUAGAUUGUGAAAAGCUGAAUGUUGGAGAGAUUACAUCAAAUGUAUGGCUAUUCAUAACAAGAAAAAAAAAAAGAAUUAAAAUGUAAACAAAAAAUUCUGAAACCGUUAGGGGACAAAUGUUUUGUUUGUAAUUACUCCUUUUGUUG